AUGGCCGUCUCUUCCUCCGUCCAGGUUGUUCUCCUCGAUAUUGAGGGAACAAUAUGUGAGAUUAGUUUUGUCCGGGAUGUCUUGUUCCCGUAUGCACUCAAGGUAUUGCCAGAGGUUGUCAAGACUCAGUGGGAUGAGCCGAAAUUCAAGGAGUAUCGGGAUCUAUUUCCUACCGAGUACAGAGACAACCAAGACGCCUUUCAGGCCCACGUGAUCGACCUGGCCAGCCGGGAUGUCAAGAUCUCCUACUUGAAGAACCUCCAGGGCUAUCUCUGGGAGGAGGGUUAUCGAUCUGGAGAGAUCAAGGCUCCUCUGUUCCCCGAUGUGCUCGACACGCUGGCAAAGUGGCACGGAAAGGGAGUCAAGUUGAUGAUCUAUUCGUCAGGAUCUGUUCCCGCCCAAAAGUUACUCUUCAAGCACACCAACGCCGAGACCCCAGAUCUAACCUGGAUGAUCUCGGAUUGGUUCGAUACCAUAAACGCUGGCUUAAAGACGGAAUCGUCUAGCUAUGAAACCAUUGCGAGCAAGCACCCGGAUGUCCUACCCGGCCAGUUCCUCUUCCUGAGUGACAAUGUCAAGGAAGUCGAAGCUGCCAUCAAGGCCGGCAUGAGAUCCGUCGUCGUGAAGCGCCCUGGCAACGCAGAAUUAGCUCCAGAGGUGUACGACAAGUAUGAUGUCGUGGAAACAUUCCAGGCGAUCGAAGAUGAUUUCGUCAUCAAGCGACUCCAGGCACUGGGUAAGAGGACGGCUGACGAGGCUGUGCUCGGCGAGGGCAGCGAUGCCAAAGUGGCAGCAGCCGAAGCACCCGAGGCUGAGAACCCGGAUGCCAAGCGUCUCAAGACUACCACAGGGGGUGACGAUGAGCCCAGCCCAGCGAGAGCCGCGCAGGAUGUAGCUGCACCCAGCGCCACAGAGACCAAGCAGGGCACUACUGAGAACCAGGAGGAGCCGUCCCGCAUGGACAAGUUGCUUGCUCAGGCCGUCGGGGAUGCACCACCUACGCCCAAGACUACUGAGGAGGCCAAGGAGACUCCAGAAGCCGCAGAGUAG